UUCGACACCACCAACAGUUGGAACAUUUGCUGUAGACACCGACCACGCAGCCGACCUAGACAGACACCAGAUGGGUUGGAUGACCUGGCGUCAGACCACACCUACUAAUGGUGUGCUAAAUCUUGCUUGGCUUGGAUUUGUUGAUCCUCACUCUGAUGUAAGCUGCUACUACUUCACUGUUGGUAGCAGAUACUCAGCAUCCGACUUUUCUCCUGAUGGGCCUAUUGAAGUCGUUCCAGACAACAGUACCGGUACUAUAGUUGUUGAUGGUGACAAAGUUUACAUGGCAUCAAUACCUGUAAAAGGUGACAUCCAAUCAACGGUUGUGUUGUAUAUUUCACUUUGGGCUUUUAAUGGAGUAAGUAGCCCGAUUGAAUGUAUUAAAUAAAAGUAAUUUUGCAGG